UCCAAAAGGGCCAAUUAUGAAGAAAAACUGUGUCCAAAUUUCUGCACAAAACCAUCCUUGCAAUUCCAACAACCAAUGCAAGAUUCCCCACAUUUGUCUCCUUCCAUAAUUAAUACUAUCCCGGUUCAGUUCUGUUAUUUUCCUCCUCACUGAACCGGUCCAUGUUACUAGGCUCAACCAAAUGUAAUUGCAUUUUUGGCUCCCAUUCCAUAUAUUUUUUUCUCCGAAAAUUCAGAGCUAGUUUUUCCCCAUGAGAUCUAUUCAGAAAGUGGUUUGAAGGGGGAAAUUAAUUAAGAGAAACAAUUUAUUUAUAAUAAUAACAAAAUUAAGAAGAAGAAAAAAUGGCAGGAGGAGCCGAUCCUGGUGCAAGGGAGUUGGAUCAAACACCCACAUGGGCUGUGGCUUUGGUCUGUGCUGUUAUUGUUCUUAUUUCCAUUUUAUUGGAAAAGGUUCUUCAUGCUGUUGGAGAGACAUUUGAGAGAAGGCGAAAGAGUGCAUUGGUGGAAGCAUUGGAGAAGAUUAAGGGUGAGCUUAUGGUUCUGGGUUUUAUAUCGUUGCUUCUGACGUUUGGACAAAACUACAUUUCCAAAAUAUGCAUACCUGUAAAGGUUGCAAACACUAUGUUGCCUUGUCCUGCUCAGCACGGACAUGGACAUGGUCAUGGUCAUGGUCAUAUCGAUACUGGAGAACAUCAUCGAAGGCUUCUAUGGGACCAUUUUAGGAUAUUAGCAGCUGAUAGUCCUGCCAAGGCCUGCAAGCCUGGUCACGUUCCACUGAUAUCCCUCAAUGGUUUGCAUCAGCUACACAUCUUCAUAUUCUUUUUGGCCGUCUUCCACGUUAUUUACAGUGCCAUUACUAUGCUUCUUGGAAGAUUAAAGAUUCGAGAGUGGAAAGAAUGGGAAAAGGAAGUCGAGCACGAUUAUGAAGCAUCCAAUGAUUCCUCAAGAUUCAGGCUUACCAAAGAGACAUCAUUUGUUAGGGAUAAUACCAGUUUUGGGACCACCCCAAUCCUUUUCUACUCUGUGUGCUUUUUUCGGCAAUUUUUUAGAUCAGUUCGGAAAGCUGACUACUUGACCAUGCGCCAUGGUUUCAUCUCGGUCCAUUUAGCACCUGGAAGUAAGUUUAAUUUUCAAAAGUACAUAAAAAGAUCCCUGGAAGAUGACUUCAAGAUUGUUGUGGGUAUCAAUUCAUUGCUAUGGUUUUCUGCAGUUGUUUAUCUUCUGAUGAAUGUUCAUGGAUGGCAAGCUAUGUUUUGGCUGUCCAUAUUGCCUCUAGUUAUAAUAUUAGCAGUUGGGACAAAGCUUCAAGCAAUUAUAGCUCAAAUGGCUCUUGAAAUUCAAGAAAGACAUGCUGUAGUCCAAGGCAUACCUCUUGUCCAAGUUUCAGACAGACAUUUUUGGUUUGGCAAACCAAAGCUUAUUCUUCAUCUUGUCCAUCUCACCCUCUUUCAGAAUGCUUUCGAGAUCACCUAUUUCCUUUGGAUAUCGUAUGAAUUCGGGCUUCAUUCAUGCUUUCACGAUAAUUUUUAUCUUGCCUUAUUGCGAGUUGCUAUAGGGUUAGGUGUUCAAAUUUUGUGCAGUUACAUUACACUUCCGCUGUAUGCACUAGUUACCCAGAUGGGAUCAACUAUGAAAAGAUCUAUAUUUGAUGAUCAAACUUCCAAGGCACUGAUGAAUUGGCAUAAAAAUGCAAAAAAGAAGAAACCUACAAAGCCUGGACCAGUAGAAACACGAAAAUUAGGAAGUCCAGGGGACUCACCUGAAAUAUCCCCGAUCACGAAAGGUGGUCAUCAAUCCAGAAUAGAAAUGUCUAACGUAGAGCCAUCGUCCUCUAGUCAGACCGCCAACAUUGUUGCUAGUGUGGACAUUCCAGAGGAAAUACCUCACAACGAUGGCAGGUCACGGUCCACAAACCCUGACCUACUUACAGGUCCUUGAUUGGGACAAUGAGCAGAGAUAACUCAUGUCACAUAGAAAGGAAAGAAAGAAGGGGAACGUAUAUUAAUGUUGAAAUGCUGUAACUUGGGCCAGAGAUUGGCCGUUACCCUGUUUUUCUGCGCAACAUUGCAGAGAAACUAGCUUUUUUGCCCCAAAUUCCAGUUUGAUGCUCAAUUUUGUAAACUUCAUUUGUACUAUUAUUAAAAGAGAAGUGACAUGUACUUGUGAAGGCUAUAAAAACCAUGUUACCCUUAAAAGUGCCUAGUUAUACACAAUUUGAGUAUUAAAUCCCAUGUCCUUACUAUCUUACCAGCAAUAGCAUUAAGAUCUCAUAGUGUACUUACAUACUACCUUUACUCCACUGUAAACUUAGAUAUGAUAUGUCUCGUCGGAUUGAAGGCUGCCUACCCAUAAUAGGAUUUUUUGGAUAAAUUAAUCCGAUUGAUAUAUGCUUCAACUUAUUGAUUCCCAAUUGUGAGUCUAAAUAUUGUAGGCUGACACUUCAAAAAAAAAAAAUAUUAGGAAUGGUAAUCGGUGCAGUAGAAGGGCAAACCUACAUAAACUCGCAAAGAUUUCAACCUGCUAACUUCGUAUAACCAGUUAAACUAUACUGCUGUCAUGCCUCCAUUAUCACUUUUAUCAGAAAAGGGGAAAUCUAGCGAUUAGGGUCUGAAAUGGCGUGUGAUAAUGUUCUUUCAUCUCAAAUAUUUUGCGUCUUUGUCAUUAUAAAAGCGUUCUUUGCAAAUUUAAGUUUUUCGUGACCCUGGUUCAUUAAGGCUAUAAAAGAAAAACAGAACCUCCACAAGGUGUCAGAAAUCAGAAUUUCCCAAUCUGGAAAUUUCUGAGAUUGCUUGAUUGUCACCCCAAAAACAAAACAAAAAAAACAAAAACUUGAACAAAAAAGUUCCAACACAGAAUGACAAUGAGAAGAUGAUGGCCGUUUCAAAUUGAUUGUAAACGAGCUAAGGGCAUUCCAAAUGUAGAAGAGAACCAUUUAACACUUCUUAAAUAUUUUACAUAAUAAUAGAUUAACCAACCAGAAAAACCUAUAGGAAAAAAAACAAACAAGGAUAACAUUCUACAAACAGUAUGGACCUAGUUUAGCAUUUACAUAGGAUAUGCAUACAUACGACACUUCCAGAGGGUAGGUAGAAAUGAAGGAGCCUAGACUAUGACUUGUCACUUAUAUGUAUAAUAAUAAUGAGCUCUCAUAUUCUGAGAAUGGUCAAGUAGGUUAAGAUGCAGUUUAGAGCCUGUAUUGCUUCAGAGCUGACAUGUGACACUGAACAGAACAACUCAUAGGGAGAGAACAAUCUCUCACUUUACAAUACAUUUUGUAUGGAAUAUACUAGCAUAACAUCACAAAAUCAAAGAUUAUGUGACAUUCCAACCAUAUCUACAUUCUGCACUAGCCGCAGCCAAUUUACUUUUCAUUUGCCAAAGUAAUAAGUGGUUCUCAAGAAGUACUUCUACUCUCAAGGAAGAUCAAUAGUACCCUAGUGUCAUCAAUUGAGCAUACAGACACAAGUAACAGAUGUUGACAUUCCUACACGUUAAACACUAGCUAUGCAAAUCAAGACAAAGGCAGAAAAAUCACACAAUAGCACUAUAGUUGUGAUUGGACAAAAAGUUACAAGAAAAGAGGAAGAUUAGCGUACUCGAUAGAUAAUCUUCGACAUAAUCUGUAUCAAUUUUCCCGUGGGCCAUUGCCCCAACC